UGGUAUUUUGUUAUUUUGCUGUAAACACGACCGGAACAUGAAGUACGAGUACACUGGGAAUGGCGCGUUUUUUUCCUCUAAUACUUCUUACGUUUGGUGUUGGAUUGUUGAUUUGUGACAACGUCGUGAAUGCUUGCUCAUUAGACAUUGAAUGUCUUCAUUUCGAACAUUGUUGCAAAGGAAAUUGUACAUCAAAACGACUCCAAUGUAAGCACAUCUGUAGUAGUGACCAUGACUGCGAUAGUAAUAAUAGGUGUGUGUUGGGACUGUGUGUUAACUGCACGGACCAGAUUUCCUGCGAUUACAAGAGCUGUAUCAACGAUACACACUGCCCUGGAACUCAUUCMUGUAAGGAUAAAGURUGUUUCUUGAAAAAGAAGGGCGAUUUAACGUCGGAAAUGCUUCCAUUCAUUAUCUUCAUAACUGCGUUGUCCGUGUCGUUACUCAUUGUUUGCUACAAUGACUACAUUUUAGAACGUUUAGGACACCGUGGUUGUUUGGAAUGUUUGGAAAACAGAAUCUGUCAUUGUAGUUUGUUUCUGAAGAUUUGGAUGUGGAGACAYCAACGUUUACAACAGCAGAGAAAUGAUGAAUUGACCCCUUCGUGCCCUGUAGAGGUCCGSUUUGAUUCUCGGAUUGUUAACCCGUCAAACUCGUCUAAUGAGAAGCGAGAAACCAGUUUGUUUGGGUCCUUAGCCUCUCUUAAAGGGCGGYUAAUGUUUUGGCGACGGUUUGAUGGAAGUACACAAUCGAACAACCGAUCRAACUACACGGAAGAAACACUCGAAAAUACAAAUACUGUGUCGAAYAAUCAAAUGGUUUCUCCAGUAGUUUUACUUAAUGAAUUCAUGAAUACUAAUGAAGUUGUUUCAGGAACUUCAACUACUACACAAAUGGUUUCGAAUUCGAUCAAUCAUUCUGGAAUGUCUGAAAUCAGAAAACAUUCGCUUCAGGAUCGAAACUUCAGCAGUAAACAGGCUAAGGAUUAUUCAUGUCCUGGCGAAGUUACAGCUCCGUCGUCACACUUGAAAAGCGACGACGUCAAUGUWAACACAACAAAUGGAGAUACAAAUUCGAUUAAAACGGAGUCACACUUCGUAACCAUAGUUUUAUCGGCGGCGAACGAGACAAAGCUCGCUCGCUACGAGCUUGAAAUGGCCGCAUUUCUUCUUGUUUUAAGGAUUCUUUUGAUUUCUUGGUUGUAUCGCUCGGURAAAGGAUGUUCAAAGGAUUUGGAUUGUGAUGUUGGGCAGCAUUGCUGUAUGUCACAUUGUACAACAUCGAAAGUACGAUGCAGUCAGCUUUGUUAUAGUGAUGGAGACUGCAAAAGGGAUCAUCUGUGCCACCAGAACAUCUGUGUGGCUUGUUCAAAGCGGUUUAACUGUGAGUUAAAGACUUGUCUUAACGAAACAGAUUGCCCRAAAGACUUCGAAUGCAGAGAAAAUCAAAUGUGUAGUUCCAAAGUGAUACCAAAACAACAUACGUUUACUCUGUUGCCGUUYAUCGUCAUUAUUGCCGUCUUAGGCUUUGCUUUAAUCGUGCUUUGUUACACGGAAGGCUGUUGGAAAGAGCUUUAUUUGUACUUAAAGAGGCAUUGGGGGCGAUAUGGAAGCGUAGCUCUGGACGAAUUCGAGGCUGAAAGAAGAGAGGGUGAAAAUGAAACUGGACAUACACAUGUCCACACUAAUAAAUCAUGCGUCGAACAUUUGCGAAACGAAAACGUGCGAAAUUCCACGUUUACUACAGGAAAUCGACAGUCGAGAUCUGCAACCCCUAGUUCGCCUCAAAUACGUAACACUCMGGCAAUUUCUSRUAAUAGGAGGACCCUAGUAACCGCUGUUUCACAAGUGAUUAGAAACCAGUCUCAUUCAUCGAAUACCACUGUGACGUCGUGCACAAAUUUAUMUCRAGCAAACAGAGAAACUAGGAACUCUGGAUCYGAGCCAUUAUUGACUUGUAACCAGGGRAAUACGAAUUCUAAUCCCUCCGAGUCUCCGCCAACGUAUAUAUCGUUGUUCAACGAGGAAUACGAGGAACCACCACCCAAAUACGAGGAGGUUGUAAACAUCGUUMGAGUUCCGGUUCAUAUUGAAAUGAAUGCUAUAGCUUCGAAUGGGAGUCCAAGAUCUUCAAGGUCCCAAGAAAAUACUGAAAUCGAGACAAUGGUGCCAGUUUUAUGAAGUGUGGAUCAAGUUAAGUAAUUUUAUAUAAGCUAAAGCAUAUUUGCAAAGAACGUUAAGAUAAAAUAUCAUUUUUAAGAGAAAAUCGUAUGUUAAAGUCAUAUGCAAAUCAGGACAAAUCUCUUGCUUAUAAAAGAUUGUUUAMCUAAUGAAUUAAUAAUGAAUUUGAUAAUGAUAGUUUACACAGUUAACAAAAUUUUUACAGUGUGGCUUUGUAAAAAUGUAGCAUACUGUCUUUAAGACUUUGAGUGAAACUGUGUUGAUCAAAAUGAAGACAAGAUUGAMUUUAAAGUACAUGUAUAAGCUUCAAAAGUUUAAUUGUACAUUAAGUGCUCAGCAAUGCCYGUCAUGCUAUACUAUUUAUUAAUGGACUUGCAAGUCAAUGUAGAUUGUUCAAAAAAUGUGUAAUUUAUAGCAAAACCUGCAAAUAAUCUGGAAGCAGUAAAGUGUAAAUACUUCUUGAGAGCAAAGAAUGCAGUAUAAAAUUAUGCUAAUAUGUGUAAUAAACAUUUUAGAAAAUUAAAUUUUAUGUUGUUAGUUUUA